AUGGCAUCCCUCACCUCUACCAAACCACUAGGAUUCUCAACAUGGUUCACGCUAUUAGCCUAUCAAGUUUCAGUCUUUGCAUUGUCUUAUCGAAUUUCAUCUUCUUUUUUAUUGACAAGAAGAAGAAGAAGAAGAAGAAGACGAUCGAUCGACGUGCUACCGGACGCUAUCUUGAUCUCCAUCCUCGACCGCCUUCCGUUCAAGGACGCCGUCCGUACGUGCGUCCUGUCCCGAAGGUGGGCCAGCCUCCACAAAUCUGUUAUCCACCUCGACCUCCGUUGCCACCACCUCGUCUGCCGCCCCUAUUCCCGCACCUGGAUACACCUCUUGCUUCAACGAUACUUGUUUCAGGACAGGGACGAUUACCACCCCGAGCCCAUCGGCUUUUUCCGGAGCCAGAUGGUAGCCUGGAUCGCGCUAAAGUAUUUCCGCACCCGAAAGGGCUCUGAAAUCAGCAGCCUCAUCUUCUGCUGCUGCCUGUCCCAGUCGUACAUGAUACGCUUGCAACAUUUCGUAUCCGCGCACUUGGGAUCUGUGAGGAAACUUGCCGUCCAAUGUUGUUGCGAGUAUAAAAACUUGUGCAGUCGCCCGUUUUCCUGUACCCACCACCUUCCUGAGACCCGCUGCCUCACCCACCUGGAGCUCGAAAAUACAACUCUUAAUCCCAACUCAGCAAGUGGGUCCCUUCGGAUUCUCAGGCUUAGUCGAGUCGAGCUGGCGGAGGGCUCCCUCGAGUGCCUCCUGUCUGGGUGCAUGGCUCUCCGCGCGUUGAGGAUGGAUUACUGCAGGUAUCCUCCCGGUUCUUCGACCUUACGCUUCUGUGGGCCCCACCUUAGGCUCGAGUGCCUUGUCAUCGAGAUGUGUGCAGGGGUACGUGAGAUCAAGUUCCAUGCGGCCAGUCUCGUCAGCAUCGAGUUUCAUAACCGUGAGCCGGUCCGAUUUGUAUUCCAUCACGUCCCUCGUCUGCAGAAUCUGCACAUCCACAUGCAUUGCGUCUUGGAGAGAUUGCCCUUCGUAUUGCUGCCUGGUCAACUAAGGUCGUUGACCGUGGGUAGCGCGUACGAUAUUGAUAUGAUUCAGGUGGUCCCCCUAGAUGCUCCGGCCAACACGUUCAGCAACCUCAGGCGAUUAAUGCUCAAACUUGGUUGUACAGCUUACAAGGAUAUGAUCUUUGGGAUGAUUUCAUUUCUAAACAUCUGCCCCGUCUUACACGAGUUUCGCUUAGAUACAGAAUUUGUGGACGACGAUGGCCUGAAGAUGAAGAUGCCGUCAUCGGACACACUAAUCCAUACGGAGCUGAAGAAAGUGGAAAUAAACGGAUUUUGUGGGACAAUAAACGAGAUUGAAUUUGCAUCGUUCAUAUUAGAAAACGCAACAUCUCUAGAGCAAAUGCAGAUAAACAGGUGCCCCAGAUGGGAUAUUGGAGGCAAUCAGAAGUGCCCCAAAUGGGAUAUUGCACGCAACCAGUGGUGGAUACAUAAGCCCGAGUGGAGUGAAGAGACGCGCCAAAAGAUUCUCAAACUAGUGCAGGGGGCCAAAAAUUUCCAAGAGCGCACAAGUGAUUAUUCGACAUAUUCCUCCUUAUGGUAA